CCCUAAACCUAGCCCUUUCGGUAACCGGACCAAGAACGAAGGCGGUUUCAAGAAUCUCUCAUCCACUCUUCCGUCGUUCUCCCGAUCGCUCUCUCUCGCUCGAAGCCGGCCGUAAAUUUGCUUGAGUUUCAUUGUUUGCAGCAGAGGCAUGAUGGCUUCUGCCUCCAGUCAGCCCCAGUUCCGCAACACGCAACCACCAUCUAAAGUAAUUCAUCUGAGAAACCUACCAUGGGAGUGUACUGAGGAAGAACUAAUUGAAUUAGGAAAGCCAUUUGGUAAGAUUGUAAAUACAAAGUGCAAUGUUGGAGCUAACCGGAAUCAGGCAUUUAUUGAAUUUGCAGAUUUAAAUCAAGCGAUCGCAAUGAUUUCAUAUUAUGCUUCAUCAGCAGAACCGGCACAGCUACGUGGAAAAACCGUCUACCUUCAAUACUCCAACAGGCAAGAAAUCGUCAAUAACAAAACUACAGGGGAUGUUCCAAGCAAUGUAUUGCUAGUUACAAUUGAGGGUGUUGAAGCGGGUGAUGUCAGCAUUGAUGUUCUACAUGUGGUUUUCUCGGCUUUUGGAUUUGUUAAUAAGAUUGCUACCUUUGAAAAAACAGCAGGUUUCCAGGCGCUAGUUCAAUUUUCUGAUUCUGAAACUGCAUCUACAGCAAAAAAUGCCCUGGAUGGAAGGAGUAUUCCUAGAUACUUGCUUCAAGAGCAUGUUGGGCCUUGCACCCUGAGGAUAACUUUUUCUGCACAUACAGAUUUGAAUGUGAAGUUUCAGAGUCACAGGAGCAGGGACUACACAAAUCCUUUCCUUCCCGUUGCUCCAUCAGCUAUGGAUGUUAGUGGACAGCUUGGUUUUGGUCAGGAUGGUAUGAAGCAAGAACCAGAGAGCAAUGUUAUUCUUGCAACAGUUGAAAAUAUGCAGUAUGCUAUUACUAUUGAUGUUCUUUACAUGGUCUUUUCUGCAUUUGGCACUGUUCAGAAGAUUGCUAUUUUUGAGAAGAAUGCUGGAUUUCAGGCCCUAAUUCAGUACCCUGACAUUCGGACUGCUCGAACCGCCAAGGAAUCCCUAGAAGGACACUGUAUCUAUGGGGGUGGGUUUUGCAAGCUUCAUCUGACAUAUUCACAUCAUACCAAUCUGAAUGUAAAGAUUAACAAUGAUCGAGGCAGAGACUAUACUGGAGGAAACACUGCCACGAUGAGCAACCAGCCAUCAAUUCUUGGUCCUCAGCCGAUCCCAGGGCUUGGUGGGACGGCUCCAUACAACAGUGUUCCAUAUCCACCCCCUAAUGCAAUGAUAGAGCCUCAGCCUGGAGCAAGCUGGGAUACAGGAGCUGGCACAGUAUCUCCUUUACCUGCCCAACUACAGAAUCAAAUGUACAUGCAUCAAGGGGCUAUGCCUCCUGGUGUUGGUCCUCAGAUGAUGCCCUUGCCUGGUCAAGGAAGCCAAUUGGGGCCGCCACCGCCUGGUAUGAGUCCUCAGGUGGUGCCAUUGCCUGGUCAAGGAAGCCAACAAGGGACCAUGCCAGGUAUGGGUCCUCAGACUCGGAUGAUGCAGUUGCCUGGUCAAGGGAGUCAACAGAGGGCCAUGCCUCCAGGUAUGAGUACACAGAUGAUGCAGUUUCCUGAUCAAGGAGGCCAACAGUUCCCUAUGCCAUUCUCACUGCCUUACGGUCGUUAGGCAACCUUUGCAGUGUUCCGUACUCAACCAUUGCCCGUUCUUUCCAUCUCAGCUGUUACGCACCAGACAUCUUUUUAUUGUCCUGUAAUUUUCGUUUUUAAUGUCGUGCAUUCCUUCUCAGCCCGCUGAAUAUGAAUGUGUCCCAUGUGGCUCGAGAUGGAUACAUUGAACUGUAAUACAAGGGCGUGCUCAAAACUUAUGAUGUAAUUAUGAGAAGCUUAAAUUGUGAAAGUCUAAAACUGAUCUUUUAUCAAGUUAUAGAUCACUUGCUAUUAUAUUAUAUUUU